AUGGUCGGAAACACACUAUGCGAUUUAGGGGCGAGCAUAAAUUUAAUGCCCUUGUCCAUUUUUAAGAAGUUGGAUAUUGGCGAAGCUAAGCUAACCACAAUCACAAUUCAGUUAGCCGAUAGACCAAUAAAGCUUCCAGAGGGCAAGAUUGAAGAUGUUCUCGUACAGGUGGAUAAAUUUAUCUUCCCCGCAGACUUUGUUAUUUUGGACUAUGAAGCAGACAGAGAAAUCCCUAUUAUCCUGGGACGCCCAUUCCUUGCCACAGGGAGAGCCUUGAUUGACGUACACAAGGGUGAAUUGACCAUCAGUGUCGAUGAUCAGGUGGAAAGGUUCAACAUACUUAAUGCAUUGAAGUAUCCAGGAGAUAUGGAUAACUAUUAG